GAUCAAUGAGAAUCUGUUGUUGUCACGUGAUUUUAUUUAAACGGUUAAAUUAAACCGACUCGUUUGUUUCGCUGAAUAACGUAUAGUACGAUUCAGUUGACAUCAUAGUCACAGACAUUGUAAAUAAAGACGUACAAAGGAUUUCGAUAAAAAUAUGGCAGAUCCAGUCGAUUAUAUUGAUUUAACGGUAGAUUCGCCAGGAAAUAAAUUCUUACUAAAAUCACGAACGAGAAAUACUGAAAAUGUAUCUGUCAAUAUUGCAGUAACAAAAAGGCGACGAAAGCGUAAUUUAUCUAACCAACCAGAACUACAGCUUCACGAUUCUGUCAUAGAAAUACCAGUUGAAGAUACAUCCACAUCAAAGCAACCUAUAAACACGGAUCAAAUUAAUUCACCAAAGUAUGGAAUUUAUUGUGGCAAUGACUAUACUCCAGAAAGUUUAAUUCCACUAUUAUGCCCAAUAUGUUAUGAAUAUUAUUCUUCUAAAAUAAGGCCCAUAUCUACUCGUUGCGGGCAUGUAUUUUGUACACAAUGUUUAGAACAAGCAUUACGUAAUUUAAAAAAAUGUCCAACAUGUAAAACAGCUGUUAAAUUCAACCAGUGUACCCGUUUACAUUUAUAAUUUAUAUAUUUUUUACUUAUUAUAUGUACAACAUUUCAACAUUGUGACUUUGCUCUCUUUUUCUCUUUCUUUUUGUAUAUACAACAAUAUUAU